AAGCAUGAUGACCCUUGCCGUAACUUGGCCGAUCUGCUAAGUAAGUUUGCUACCAGUUUUGUCUCAUUAGUCUCUCUCAAAUGAAACGAACAGAGACCAGCGUUCAAUAUCAGUAUUAACAAUGAGCGUUUUUAAAACUACAAGACUGUUGGGUUCCCGACAUGUUCAUCGUCGAAAAUGGAUUGAUCUCAGAUUUAGAGACGCUCUGCCAGCAUGCAUCUUCACGCAACAUGCGUCUUGUACUUCAGCUGCCGGGGAAGGGAUAAAGGUGGAAAAAAUCCGCAAUGUCGGCAUUUCAGCACACAUUGAUUCAGGGAAAACAACACUGACAGAGCGAAUACUGUUCUACACAGGCAGGAUAGCUGAGAUGCAUGAGGUCAGAGGUAAAGACAACGUCGGAGCGAAAAUGGAUUCCAUGGAGUUAGAGCGUCAGCGAGGGAUAACAAUCCAGUCAGCAGCUACAUACACAGAGUGGAGGGGAUUCAACAUCAACAUUAUUGAUACUCCAGGUCAUGUGGAUUUCACGGUGGAGGUAGAGAGGGCACUGCGUGUCCUGGAUGGUGCAGUAUUGGUGUUGUGUGCUGUGGGUGGUGUACAGAGCCAGUCUUACACUGUCAACAGGCAGAUGAACCGAUACAACGUACCAUGUCUCGCCUUCAUCAACAAACUGGAUCGACUUGGUGCAAACCCUAAUCGUGUCAUGCAGCAACUCAGGUCAAAACUCCUACACAAUGCCGCAUUUCUUCAGUUACCCAUCGGUGUGGAGAGUAACUGUAAAGGAAUCGUCGACCUUGUUCAUGAAAAAGCUCUUUACUUUGAAGAACCAAAUGGAAUCGUCAUAAGAGAAGAUGAAAUUCCACCAGAGAUGAGAGCUGAAGCUAAAGACAGGAAACAAGAAUUAAUAGAGAACGUGGCAAAUGCUGAUGACUUUCUUGGUGAAAUGUUCCUCGAAGAGAAGAUUCCGACAGUUGAACAACUGAAGGCGGCGAUCAGGCGUACAUGCAUGCGGCGCGCGUUCACUCCCGUGCUCGUCGGCACAGCGCUCAAAAACAAGGGCAUCCAGCCACUGAUGGACGCCGUCGUAGACUUGCCUCACCCGGCCGAGGUGGAUAACCUAGCCCUGGACAACGCUGACGAAAUUAUAUAUAUUUUAAUGAAUCCAGCAAGAAAUGGUGAAAAUUUGCUGGUUUCUCUGGCAUUCAAGUUGGAGGCAGGCCGAUUUGGACAGCUCACAUACAUCCGAGUCUAUCAGGGACAGCUGAAAAAGGGGGAUUACAUCUGGAAUACUAGGACAGGGAAAAGAACCAAGGUGUCGCGACUCGUGCGCAUGCAUUCAGACGAGAUGGAGGAUGUGAGUGAAGUAUUUGCAGGAGACAUCUGUGCACUGUUUGGAAUCGACUGUGCUAGUGGUGACACUUUCAUCAAUAAGCCAAAUUCAAACAUUUCUAUGGAAUCGAUCUUUGUUCCGGACUCGGUAAUCUCAAUGUCGAUGAAGCCAGCGAAUCAGAAGGAUCUGGAAAACUUCUCCAAGGCCGUCAAUCGCUUUACGAAGGAAGAUCCAACCUUUCGAGUGUACUACGACUCGGAUAACAAGGAGACAAUAGCACAAGGAAUGGGCGAACUUCAUCUAGAAAUUUAUUCCCAGCGUAUGGAAAGAGAAUACAGCUGCAAGUGUUUGUUAGGGAAGCCCAAGGUCAGCUUUAGAGAAACACUCAUUCAGCCAGUAGAGUUUGAUUAUUUGCAUAAGAAGCAGUCGGGAGGCUCUGGGCAAUACGGUAGAGUCAUCGGCGUGCUUGAGAAUUUGCCACCAGAAGAUUUCACGAAGGUGGAGUUCACAGACGAGACAUCUGGUACAAACGUGCCGAAGCCAUUCAUUCCAGCCAUAAAGAAGGGCUAUGCACUUGCACUGGAGAAAGGCACACUCACAGGCCACAAGAUAUCUGGUGUCUGGCUCCGAUUAAAAGACGGUGCACAUCAUAUUGUGGAUUCCAAUGAAAUCUCGUUUAUCCUGGCUACUACUGGCGCUAUCAAACAAUGCUACGAAAGUGGGGCGUGGCAAAUCAUAGAGCCUGUCAUGUCAGUCGAGAUUACAGCCCCGACCGAGUUCCAGGGAAGCGUGAUUGGCCAGAUCAACCGCCGUGGAGGUAUUGUCACUGGCCAAGACGCAUCCGAAGGCUACUUCUCUCUGUAUGCAGAAGUGCCGUUGAAUGACAUGUUUGGUUACGCGACGGAACUGCGCUCUGCCACGCAGGGGAAGGGGGAAUUCAGCAUGGAGUAUGUGAGGUAUGCGCCUUGCAAGCCAGCGGUGCAGGAGCGCCUCAUACGGCAGCACCAUGAAGAACAAGACGUGGGCGCGUCGAAAAAGAAACAGAAAAAUUGACGACAGUUCUAAGCCAUCUAGUCUAUGUACAGUAAGUAGAUAUGUUUGGAGUGUGCAUGGUGACGAACCUGUAGACGAUUCGUGUAUAACAUGAUACUGUUGUUGACAAGUUUGCUCCUGUUUGUACUGGAAGGUCAUUGUGCGAAUGAACAUAUGCGAUUGUGCAACAACUGCAAAGUUGUGAACGGUAAUUUCAUUGACAAUUCUGCGAUAUUUUUUAUUUUUAUCACGUCCUGAAAUAAAGUUCUGGAUUCGUCCCGAUUCAUUUCUCUACUUCUAGGUAAAUAUGUAAAUGGUCUAACACUAAAGAAUAUCUUGCCAUUGACUUUCAACAAAGGUUUCACUUUCAAAAACUCCAAAAUAUUUGUGGUUAUGUAAUUAUCUGUCAACCCAUUUUAUUAACCCAAGUGAUCAAGUGCGCUAUAGAAUCAAUAUCAAGCUAUGAUCGUGGUAUGAUUCUAUCAUUUCAUUUCCAUAAAUGUCAGCAGAUUUUUAAAAUGGAUUUAUAUUGAUUUAUCUUUUAUCAUGGUUGUAGUGCAGUAACCGUUGCCAUUGCAGCUCGUCUAGCUUCAGCAUUCUCUUAGUGAAUCUGCUAUUGGAAUUCUUUAUUAGUGAAAUAUAUAGUACUCUAGAUAUGUGUUCAGUUGGAUAUUUGAAUGUCAUGAAAUAUUUAGAUUAUUGGAAAAUGAACGUCGCGAAUCUUCGUAGUUCUGGACUAACGAUACUCCAUGUCAUGCAUCUAUGCUUACAGAGAACAUAAUCAUAUGACUCGAAUGAUAAAGAUGUGUUAGAAAAUAUUUAUUAGGUAAACGAACAAUUUCAAGUUAAUAUACGUUUAAACAAAUGCCAGAGAAUGAUGUUGUUUGUUGUUAAUGUGUAUGUAAUCGAAUUAAAUCUGUCUGAGUCCGUUGAAUUUGGUCGUAUAUAGAA